AUGUUCUCAGCAACCGCCGCCCGCUUUUCCGCCAUCCUUGGUGACGGUCUGCGCACGCUUGCGUCGCGCCAGAUCGCCAUCGAGACGAGCCGUCCGCUGCGCAAGAUUGCCGAUAGGAGAGUUGUUCUGGGCGCGCUGCAAAAGUACGGCGAGGUUGUCACUUUUAAGCAUGUCAAGCCCGCGCAACAAGACGCAGCGCAUGGCCGCAUCCUCGCGAUUUUCGACACCCCGGAAGCAGCCACCAAGGCCAUUGACGCAUCGCCCCUAGAGAUCACUCUUCACGACGAAAGCUCGAACAAUGCAAACGACCGAACCGUCAUGUGCGAAAUAUCGACCUCCGCUGUUGACCAUUACAACCACAUUAUUCGCAAGAACCCGUACCAUGGGCCAUGGGAGAUGGACUAUAGCGAUAAACGUGUCCGCGAUGUUAUUAAAACCAAGGCUCCGAGGCAUGAAUUGGCGGAUUGUUUCCCGGUUUCGAAAGAGGGUGCUCCUGCGGCAGGACAAGAAGAGAAGCCAGAUAAAGAUAUAGAGGGAGUGGACAGAGAGAUGGACAGAGAGAUGGACAGAGAGAUAGACAGAGAGAUGGACAGAGAGAUGGACAGAGAGAUGGACAGAGAGAUGGACAGAGAGAUGGACAGAGAGAUGGACAGAGAGAUGGACAGAGAGAUGGACAGAGAGAUGGACAGAGAGAUGGACAGAGAGAUGGACAGAGAGAUGGAUAGAGAGGUGGACGGAGAUCUAGAAGAAGUUUCGGCAAGGAGUCUUGAUGAAAUCCUAAAACAGAGAGUCGAUAAGGAGGGCCAAUAG